CAACCUUCCCCCGUCGUCACCAAUCUCUCCAUAGCCAGGCUCCAACUGCUUCAAGCUUCAUCAACCCGUUCGCGCGCUUUAGCUAGCCCAAUCCGCCGCAUCCACUCAAGUCGUCAGCGUCGUCCUCGAGCUGUUAAUAUCUUCAAAGUCAUCAAAAUGGCCACCGAUCUCUGCCCCGUUUAUGCCCCCUUUUUCGGUGCGAUGGGCUGCACAUCAGCCAUCGUCUUCACCUGCUUCGGCGCCGCCUAUGGUACUGCCAAGUCUGGUGUCGGUAUCUCGGCCAUGGGUGUCCUCCGACCUGACCUGAUCGUCAAGAACAUUGUCCCCGUUAUCAUGGCUGGUAUCAUUGCCAUUUAUGGUUUGGUCGUGUCUGUGCUGGUCUCGGGUAAUCUUAAGCAGCAGCUGUCGCUAUACACUGCUUUUAUCCAGCUCGGUGCUGGAUUGAGUGUCGGUCUGGCUGGUCUUGCCGCUGGCUUCGCCAUUGGCAUUGUUGGUGAUGCUGGUGUCCGUGGAACUGCCCAACAACCCCGUCUCUUCGUCGGCAUGAUUUUGAUUCUCAUUUUCGCCGAAGUCUUGGGUCUGUACGGCCUCAUUGUCGCCCUGCUCAUGAACUCCAAGGCGUCGCUCGACACCGUCUGCUAAACAGCUUACAAUGUUGGGACGAUUUGCUUGAGGCUUGUAUAAGCAAUAUCACGGUAUUACGAGAAGCUGAGGACGAAUAAUAACUGAUGGGACCAUCGCCAAUUUACCUACCAUCCAAACAGUCAUGUAUUACAAAGGGGGAGUGUGACUCCUCGACACGUCAUUGUCAAAGAAAGAGCCGAUGUUAUGUGGAAGGGGCAGAAGGGAAAUGUAGUCAAACGAGCAUCAAUGUUGUCAUAUCAUAAUCAUCAUGGGAACAUGCUUUCCUCCGUUUUCUACCUCGGAUUUUAUGUUUUAUAUAUUUUCUUUUUCUUCUCCGUUUGCAGCGCGCUUUGUAUUCGUAGGGAACGUUUGCCAGUACAAUGCAGGGAAGGGAUCAAGUGUGGUAGAUAAAAUCAUCUCUUGCGUGUUGUAUCUUUCUAUCGUGGUCAAAGUGCAUAAAGUAUAUGUGUCCGUGUCUAGUCCA